AGACUUCCUGGGAAUUUGAAAUGUCAAUUUGUCUACUGGUUAUAAAUGUGCUUAAUAGACAGACCAGCAAUAUGGAUGAUUCAAAGAUAAAUACUGAGAUUACUGGUGCUAAAGAAGGACUCCUAGAUGACAGCAAUUUCAUCUCCGAGGGAAAAAGUGGCAUUCCUAAACCACAAGAGAGUGAAACAUCAUUUCAGAAAAACAAUAUAUUGACUCUGCCGGAAGAGCUGUCAAGGGACAGAUCCGAAAAAGCCUUAAGUGGAGGCCAGAAGUCUCUAUUUAUACAUACUGGUGCUCCUACUGUUUCUACCGAAAACUUUAUCUUGCCUAAAGGAACUGCUGUUAAUGGACCAGUUUCACACUCCACCUUAACUAAAACUUCCAUUAUGAAUAAAGGUAAUGUUUCAUUAACCACUGGACAACCUGUGGGUCAUACAGAUUCCUGCUCAACUUUGCCAGCGGUACAUGAUCUCCAGCUGCCUGCAAAGAGUACAAUACAGAAAUCAAGUCAACACCAAGUGUUAUUUUUGUUACCUGAUGUAGCACAGGCUAAGAACCUGACUCAUUCCAUUAAAAAUCUACCUACCUCUGCUUCAGUUGGUUGUGAUAUACAGAAAUCAAUAGGAAAUAGUGUGAAAUCAGAUAGCACUUUAAUAAGCCAAGUAGAAGUGUGUGAGGAUAGCAAAAGUUUACUAGUAGACGAUGAUUGUGUCAAUACAUUAACAGGAAUUUCCUCAGGUACAGGUGGUUUCAGAUCAGGAAAUGAUACAAACUGGGAUCCACAAAAAGAGUUUAUACAGUUUCUUAUGACAAAUGAAGAAACAAUAGAGAAGUCUCCAGUUCACUGUAAAGUAGGUCUAGAGAAAAAGAGAAAAAGAAAAAUGGAUGUUAGCAAGAUAACACGUUAUACGGAGGACUGUUUUAAUGAUACAGAUUAUAUUCCCAGUAAAUCAAAAUUACUAAAUGUUGACUAUUUAGAGCAGAGUGAGGAUCUAGAAGUAGUAGAACCACAGAAAUAUGCAUUAACAAAAGUGAAGCCUGAAUCAACAGAUGAGGAGUUAGAAGCUGUUGAUGCUAUCCAACAAUUGAUUUAUAGUCCUACUAACAAAUGUGCAGAAGAUACUUCUCCAGUUCACACUAGCACUUUUCUUUCUAGUACUUUAAAAAACAAAUGUGAACAGAAUGAUUCAGAAUCACCAUCUACUUUUAGUACUGAUGAGCCAUCAUUUUAUCCUUGUACAAAGUGCAAUGUGAAUUUUAGGGAGAAGAAACACCUGCAUAGGCAUAUGAUGUAUCAUUUGGAUGGGAACAGUCACUUCCGUCAUCUCAAUGUUCCAAGGCCCUAUGCAUGUAGGGAAUGUGGACGGACAUUUCGAGAUCGUAAUUCACUUCUUAAGCACAUGAUAAUUCACCAGGAAAGAAGGCAGAAACUGAUGGAAGAAAUCCGGGAGUUGAAAGAACUUCAGGAUGAGGGUAGAAGUGCACGAUUACAGUGUCCACAAUGUGUAUUUGGUACCAAUUGUCCCAAAACAUUUGUGCAACAUGCUAAAACCCAUGAAAAGGAUAAAAGAUAUUACUGUUGUGAAGAAUGCAAUUUCAUGGCUGUGACAGAAAAUGAACUGGAAUGCCAUAGAGGGAUUGCUCAUGGAGCAGUAGUGAAGUGUUCAAUUAUCAGUAGUGAUAUGUCCCAGAGAAAAACACAGAAAAAGACUUCAGUGAAAGAUCCAUAUAUAGGCUCAUCAAAAAAGUCAACCACAUAUAUGUGCAAAAUGUGUCCAUUUACUACAUCAGCCAGAAGCAUUUUAAAAAAACACAUGGAAUACUUGCAUCCAACAUCGUGCAUUGAUCCAUUUGGUAGCCAUCUUAGAUUAGAAAAAAGGAAAAGUAGCAUAAUUGAAGAACCUUUAGAUUUUGGUAGCAGAACUAAACAAUUGAUCAAACAAUCAUCUACAUUUCCAAAGAAUUCUGUUCUAAAGCAAGAUGUAAAAAGAUCAUUUGGCUCAGCUUCACAAUCCAGUAACUUUGCGAAACUUCACAAGAGACCCCGCAGGAUACAGAAGGCUCGGAAAAGCGUUUCACAGUCAGCUAAACUUAACUCUGCUGAAAAAAAAGACAGCUAUGAAACGGAGGAUGAAAGUUCAUGGGAUAAUGUUGAACUAUGUGAUUACACUGCACAGUCUAUGGAGGAUGAAUCUUACAGUGAUAUUAAUCAGGAUCAUGUAAACCUAUUCCCUUUAUUCAAAGGUAAAAUGGAGGAUCAAGAAGCUGGUGAUAAAUCCUCUCUUCAUUAUGAGCAGAAUGAUGGUUUUUAUUUUGAGUAUUAUGAAGAUGCAGAGAGUAGUAACUUUCUGCAUGAAUUACAUGAUCCUCAAAAUUUAGAAAACGUAGGAACAGCAUUGCCAAAGCAUAACUCAGUUUUCCAUUGGACUGAUUUAUCACUUGAGAAGAAGUCCUGUCCAUACUGUCCAGCAACAUUUGAAACAGGAGUUGGAUUGUCUAAUCAUGUCCGUGGGCAUCUUCACAGAGCUGGAUUAAGCUAUGAAGCCCGCCAUGUUGUUUCACCGGAGCAGAUAGCGACAAGUGACAAAAUGCAGCAUUUCAAAAGAACUGGAACAGGAACCCCUGUUAAACGAGUUAGAAAAGCUAUUGAGAAAUCUGAAACUUCUUCUGAACACACAUGCCAGCUCUGUGGAGGUUGGUUUGAUACGAAAAUUGGAUUGUCUAAUCAUGUGCGAGGACACCUGAAAAGGCUUGGCAAAACCAAGUGGGAUGCACACAAGUCUCCAAUCUGCGUUCUAAAUGAGAUGAUGCAAAAUGAAGAAAAAUAUGAAAAAAUCCUAAAGGCAUUGAACAGUCGCCGUAUUAUUCCCAGACCAUUUGUCGCUCAGAAACUUGCUUCAAAUGAUGACUUUUUAUCUCAAAAUGUUAUACCUCUUGAAGCAUACCGUAAUGGCCUAAAGACUGAAGAUAUUUCAGUGUCUGCAUCCGAGGAAGAAGGUCUGAGUUUCCUAAAUGAAUGUGAUGAAACAAAAACAGUACUACAUGAUGAAAAAAAAAAUCAGUCACUUACACUGAUAGAACUUCUGAAAAAUAAAAGGUUAGGAGAAGAAAGGAAUCCUGAUAUCUCUCCUCAAAAGAUCCAUAAUCAAACUGCAAGGAAGAGGUUUGUUCAGAAAUGUGUUCUUCCAUUAAAUGAAGACAGUCCAUUGAUGUAUCAGCCGCAAAGAAUGGACUUGACAAUGCAGUCAGCCUUAGAUUGUAAGCAAAAAAAGUCAAGAUCAAGAUCUGGAAGCAAGAAAAAAAUGCUGCCAUUACCUCAUAGUGCUGAUGAAGUUUACAUACUCCGAUGCAGGUUUUGUGGUCUGGUCUUUCGAGGACCAUUGUCUGUUCAGGAAGACUGGAUAAAGCACUUGCAGAGACACAUCGUCAAUGCAAAUCUUCCACGGACUGGGGCUGGCAUGGUUGAGGUCACAUCGCUACUUAAAAAGCCUGCUUCAAUUACUGAAACUUCGUUUUCUUUACUGAUGGCAGAAGCAGCAUCAUAG